GGACCGAGACCGACGCGGUGAGUUCUGGAGUCGAGUAAGAAUUGUGAGGCUGCGACGGCGGCCCGGCGAUCUCAGUGCGCUGUCGGCUGUCGGCAUGUGAAAUGACUCAGUCCGAAGGGCGAGGGCAAUCUCAAUCCGAAAAUAAGAAGGCGAUUUCGCAUCUCAGUCUCAACUCAUGUCGCUUACGUCAAAUGCAUCCAGAAUAGCUUUCGGAUUUUUUUUAUACCUUCUCUAGACGGAGCAAGGUGCAGGUAUUCCAAGCAACGAAGUUGAAAAUAACCAGAUGGAGAAUCCGCAGGCCUCACCCAUAUCGAACUCUAGAAAGUCUGAAAUUAAAGAAGAUGAAUUUUGGCCACUUUCUGAGAAGCCAUACUUCAGUAUUGUUCUUUCCCAGAGUCAGCUCAAUGGUCAUUUGUCCCUUCCAGUCAAAAUUGGCCGGGCCCUGCCUUCCAGUUCUGUCCCUUUGAUUCUGAGUUGUUGCGGCAAGAACUGGGACAUGGUUUAUCUUGGAGAGCGUUCGCAAGGAAAGCUCAACUCUGGAUGGAAAACAUUUGCUCGUGAUAAUAAUCUGAAGGUUGGGGAUGCUUGUGUUUUUGAACUCAUGGAGUCCGGCAGCGAUGUCAUAAGGUUCAGAGUUCAAAUCCUCAGAGGUGACUUCCCACCUGAAUUGGAGGAGCGGGUUAAUGGUGAGACUUCAUACACUCCUAUUGUCCUUGAUUAGGAUUACCUGUUCGUUCUGCAGAUUGUUGGUCUUUUGAGAAGAUUGUUGUAUGAAGGAACUUGUAUCAAUCAAGUAGUUGAAAUAAGAACAGAUCUUCGUACUUUGUAGACCAGUGUUGUCAUGUUACACGGAUGAGGUGUAACACUCGUCCUGUUUGAUCUGCUUUUGGCAUGUAUGGAUACUUUGAUCACCUGUCAUAGUGUGGGGGAGCCGAAGUUUUUGUUGUA